AUGCCAGGCACGGGGAGGUCCACCCCGACCCUGAACAAGUCGCGAAAGGUGACUCCGCCGUCGCCCUCGUAUAUGACCAAUGAUCAAUUUGCAAAUUAUCUAGCAGAGCUUCGAUCCCACCGUGUUGCUAGACCUGGAGGUGCACGCCCUCAGCCUGCGGGGGCUCGUCCAGCUCCCGCCACCCGUUCAAGCUUGCACCGUUCAAGCACCGGUCGAUUCAGCCCCGACGCCGCCUCCCAGACCGACAGCUUGCCUGGUGUUGAGCGCGUUCCCUCAAAGAACCCCAGCAUUGCUGCCGGCAGCGUUGCCUCCAAGUAUUCCACCGUGAGCCGUGGGUCCUAUGCGAUAUCGGCCUCAAAGCCUCUGAGACCGUCCGAGGUCGUCCCCUCAGCCACCUACAUUGAGCGCGGCCAAAGAUGGAUGGAAAAGGAGGAGGCGAGCUCACUGCGCGAUGCGAUGGAGGAGAUGGACAUCCGAAAGGGUAACAAGUCGCCGCCUGUGCAGCCUGUGCCAGAGACGCCCGAUGACGAAACGCGCAUCUACAACGCCGCUCUCGAUGAGGCCGCCGAGCUCGUCUGGCAACAUCAACACGGCACACCGUCGCCUCGCCCUGACGGCCCAUACCGUUAUCGAUCACAUCUGAGAAAGAACAGCUAUGCGCAUGCGCGCACCGCUAGCGUCGGGGGUACCAGAUCGUUCUCGGGCAGUUCAACUGAUAGUGAGGGUAACGCCCCUGGUGGUCGCCCCUCUCUGGAGCACAACCACACAGGGGAGUCUUCUUCAAGUCGCAAGAACAAGUCGUACGGUAGCAUUGGCCGCUCUGGAAAGUUCUCCGAGCAGCGCCGGCAAGCGAGUCUAAAGAGGAACAUCAGCGGCGAGGUCGAGCGACCCUUCUCUGGGGACCAGAUCUGGGAGGAACCAGAGUCAUCGACCGCAAAGAAUGUCACCACGUCAGGUCGCGCAUCACCCGAGAAGCUCAGCAACAAGCCCCAGAACCCCCUGAACCGCGUGCGCUUCGAGUCGCCCAAGCAAGACACGGGCAAGGGCAAGGCCCACGACCCCGUUGAGAUUUAUCGCAAUCCCCCAACGCGUUCCCGCAACCCGCUGUACACAAGCAACCCUGCCGGGGAGAAUUCUGCCCCUGUUGAUGACAGUGUGGAGAGAAAGAAUGGCAUGGAGGUUCGCAGCCAAGAUAUCCGUGCGGCCACGAGCAUGCGAUUGAAGGACCGCAGCCCCAACCUCCCGGAACCCACAGCCGUCAGUGACAGUCCGGGACGGCCCAUUGUAAGCUUCGACGCCAAUUGGAAAGCCCCGGACGAGUCCACUGAUACCAACCCAGACCGGUCGAUCCCGGCAGCCCUCAGCAGCAGCACCUCCUCCGCACCCUCCUCCUUCAAACCGGAGGCAAAACCCAUGGAGAUACCUAGUAUCGUUGUGGCGGAGGAAAGUACGUCGAUGUCCCGGCCGUCGUCCAACGCGAACAUCCCGUCGAUCUGCGUAGCUGGGGCAGACGACAGCCCGAGAGGCCCAGUGCCUUCAAUCAACGUUCCCAGCAUCGCAGUCGACGAAGCUCCAAGCAACAGCCGCAGCAAUGGCAUCCCCGCCAUUGUGACGCCCGAUGACCAACCGACCUCACGCAGUCGUCCGUUGCCGAACCCAGUCCCCAGAGGAGCGCCUCGACAUGCCCAGCGGCCCCGUGGCCACUGGUCUGCAGCUCCCGGGAGCGCCAGACGAGCAGCUACCAUCUGCCAUGAGUGUGGUUUUCCCAUCGAAGGGCGAUUUGUGGCGUUGGCGGGGUCCAACGAGCGAUUUCAUCCCUACUGCUUCAGCUGCUACUCAUGCGGCACCAACCUGCAGGCCAUGGAGAUCAGCCCAGAGCCUGACCACGUCCGCGAGCAGCGACUUGACCGCAUCCGCCGUCGCGCGGCUGGCGAGAUCUUGCCGGAGGAACCUGGUGAGACCAUGGCCGAGGAUGGAGAUGAGCGCCUCCGGUUUUUCUGCCACCUAGACUGGCACGAGCUGUUCGCGCCACGCUGCAAGCACUGCAAGACUCCCAUCCUGGGAGAGCACAUUGUAGCUCUCGGUGCCCACUGGCACUACGGCCACUUCUUCUGCGCUGAAUGCGGCGACCCAUUCGAGCACGGCAUGACGCACAUCGAAAAGGACGGGUACGCAUGGUGCAUCAACUGCCAGACGAAGCGCACCGAGCGACGAGCUCCCAAGUGCAGGAAGUGCAACAUCGCCGUCAUCGGGCAGUACAUCCAGGCCCUCGGCGGCGAGUGGCACGAGCACUGCUUCCGUUGUGCAGAGUGUCAAAACGGCUUCGACGAUGGCCAGAUCUUCACCAAGCACGUGCCCGAGGGCACCAUCGUGCUCUGCACUGGAUGCCGAGCAAAGGAACUCAAAGCGUAA